AUGAUAAAACAACCGGGAGAAAAUUUACAAAGGCAGUUGACAGAGAUACAGGGACAGAAAGAGAACUUGCAAAGGCAGUUGAGAGAGACGCAACAACGCGAGCAAAACUCACAAAGGCAGUUAAGAGACAUGCAGCAACGUGAACAGAACUCACAACGGCAGUUGACGGAGAUGCAGCAACGUGAAGAUAACUCACAAAGGCAGUUAAGAGAGAUGCUGCAACGCGAAGAAAACUCACAAAGGCAGUUGAGUGAGAUACAGCAACGAGAAGAGAAUUCACAAAGGCAGUUAGCGGAGAUGCAGCAACGUGAGGAAAAUUCUGAGAGACAAUUAAGUGAGAUGAGACAGCAGUUAGCAAAUUCACAAAGACAAGUUUCGGAACUACAGUUAAGUCUUUCAUCAGCUCAGCAGACAAUAAGUGGAUUACGCAGCCAGGGAACACGUGACUGGGUUAUUCCCCGCGACGAAAUUCAAAUCACAGAGAAAUUCCUUGGGAAGGGAGGAUGGGGAAGUGUCAAUGAGGGAAUGUAUUGUGGCUGUACUGUAGCAGUGAAACAAAUCCACGAGUUGAUUCUCUCCCCUUACAACAUACAUCUUUUUGAGAGAGAAAUGAAUAUUGCGUCCAAGUGCCGCCAUCCUCACUUACUACAGUUUAUCGGCGCCACUAAUGACGAGGGAAGUCCUCUGUUUGUGACCGAGCUGAUGGAGAAAAGUCUGCGCACUUUGUUGGAGCAGCGACAACUCUCCGAGACUGAAAUACGCGUCAUUUCUCUGGAUGUAGCGCGCGCGCUGAACUACCUUCAUCAGAAGAAACCAGAACCCAUUAUUCAUCGGGACGUUAGCAGUGCUAAUGUGUUGCUAUGGCGACAAGGUGACCAAUGGAGAGGCAAAGUGUCAGAUUAUGGCACUGCUAAUUUCAUACAGCAGACCAUGACAGUGGCUCCUGGAGCUAUGAUUUACAGCGCACCUGAAGCACUUACCUCAAACCAAACUGUCAAGGUUAGUCAGGCUAAAGUAAAUUUUCAAGACUUUUUACUUUACUGUACAGCAAUCCUAACUUUGGCAUCAGCCAACCAACACCCCCUCCCCUACCCCUCCCAGCCCUUUCUCAAGGCCACCUUCGGCUUUUUUGAACGCGAUGUCUCGUCCCGUCCCGCUGCGUCUCUCACCUCCCUCUCGCGCCCACCGCAAUUUUGCGCUCGAAUUUUCCUCUCUUCCACGCUUCUUAGUAGUCAUUUAACCUCUUUCAGACCAUCUCAUUAGUGAAUUGGACUCGGUGUAACUUUAAGGCGUCUAGUCCCUAUAACAAAUUCAGAUUAUGUAUUAUUGUUGUCAGGUUGAUGUCUAUAGCUUUGGUGUUCUUCUUUGUGAGAUGUGCAUCCGGCAACUUCCAGAUCCUCUAAGGCGUGAAGAACAAUUAGUGCUUGUCCCAAACGGCUCGCUUCGUGACCUGGUACGGCGAUGCCUGCAGAGAGAUCCUGAUACGAGACCAACUGUGCAGGAAAUAAUUGAUGAAUUGAAGGAUUUCGAUGCAACAUCUUAA